AUGAAGUUCAUCUUCUUUCUUCUAGCGGCUGCUGUCGCGACUAAAUCCCCACUUACCAAGCGUGAUGAGUGCAAGGCUGAGGUUUGCUCUGACGAUUCCGAUUGUACACACUGUGGUGACGGUUGGAGCUGUAUCACACUACCUGUCACAGUAGAUGGAAGCACUCAAAUGUGCGGCACUUACGGCUAG